AAAACAUUCUCGCGACCGAGCUCAUCGUGACCGAAAGACGCUCGUUAUUCUCAAAAUUUGUGUACCUGUUUCUUGCCGAAAGUGCAUGAAAGGGAACGAAAAAGAUCUCCGAAGAAAAUAGACUGGUUCUAUUUGGCUUGCAGGAGUCAUGGCCGAAACAGGUUACACUGAAAACCUUCCCGAAAUCGUCUGUGCCUCAAAUAUGGAUUUCUCAUCCGACGAAGAAGGGUACGCUUCACCCUACAGUUGCUGGAGCGAUGAAGACAACGCUCACAGCAGCAACCGACAACUGAUGGACGAACUGCCUGUCUUUUCUACGCAAUCUCUGUCACCCUCCGGAAGAUCUCUGUCGCCGAUAGACGUGGACUUCUCGUCGCCACCGCGAAGUUCCCGCGGAAACAGUGCCUACAACACUCCGUUCGAUAGUCCCAGCCAGAUGAUUCCGAUAGGAAAGGAUUUCGUCUCGCUAGAGGAAAUCCAGGCCCGUAUAGGUUUGACCCCACCUGCAGAUCAGGAUCCGGAGCGAUGCCGAUCGCCUCGGUUGAACUUGGAGACGAUUUUCGAGGACGAGUUCCUGGAGACGCCACCGAAGAAUCGCAAGGAUCCACGCACGAAUCGCGACAUGCUGCGGAGAUCGUUCCGCAAUCGGCCACCGGUGCUGGGGGCGCUGGCGACGACCGUUGUCGAGGCCGAGUGUAGUGUCUCGGCGAUUGAAAGUCUGGGCCAGCAAUUUGGAAAUAAGUUUAAGGUAGGGCUAGAUUAGGAGACUUGAAUAACACAUUAUUCAAAGGCGCUCGGUGAUAAGUUUUUUUUUUCUUGAUAAAAACGGUUUCCCCUAGUUUUAGAUACCUACGAAGUGACUAGUUUUGUCCGGAAACAAAUCGUUAGUUGUUCUUCUCUUUGUAAAGAAUUUUAUAUGAAGCUUUGGCUGAAGCUCGAAA